CGCAGGUUUUGCGGUAUAACGACUUGUGAGGCGCUUUUUCAAGGAAUAAAUUCCCACCGCACAGAUCAACACCCACUGAACCACCACAGAGGAGCAGAGAGUUACCCACAGGUGUUUAGCAGGCGCUCGGCGGGGCGGGAUGGACUACAGUUAUGAUACGGACUUGGAAGAGAUGUGUCCGGUGUGUGGGGAUAAAGUUUCUGGCUAUCAUUAUGGUUUAUUAACCUGCGAGAGCUGCAAGGGAUUCUUUAAGAGGACCGUACAGAAUAAUAAACGGUACACGUGUGCGGAGAGUCAGGACUGUAAGAUUGAUAAAACCCAGCGGAAACGGUGUCCGUUCUGCCGUUUCCAGAAAUGUCUGAACGUCGGGAUGCGACUGGAGGCGGUGCGUGCGGAUCGAAUGCGAGGAGGGCGGAACAAAUUCGGCCCCAUGUACAAACGAGACCGGGCAUUAAAGCAACAGAAGAAAGCCCUCAUUCGGGCGAGUGGCUUAAAGAUGGCAGCCACGCCCCCUUUGCUAUCAACACCCCAGACUGACUACAGCUUCAACACCGCACUGUCUAUCCAAACUCCUAAAAACCCCCAUCCAAACAUCGGCACAUCUGUGGUCCCUUCCGAAUACGAACGCAGCCUGUACGCAUCCAGUUCCCUGAGCUUGUCUGUGCCCAUACCCUCCCAUACUUCUCUGCCAACUCAGUACCCAUACCCACCCUUACCUGGCCGUGCCAUCAAAUCCGAGUACCCCGACCACUACACAAGCUCAGAGCACUACACCAGUGCCAGCUCGCCAGAAUCUGUGCUAGGGUACACGUAUGUCGACCAGACGCGAGUGUUGCCGAGCCCCACUGUGGCCCCACAAGGCCUGACGGUACCAGCGCUGGUUCUGGAAUUUGUUCGCUGUGAGCAAGAUGAGCAGCAGGUGCAAAGCAAGAUAAGCGCCCACCUGGCCCACCUGCAACAGGAACAGAACUCUCUGAACGCCGCAGUCAAUCAGGAACAGAAGACGCGUCAUGCAGCCAAACCGGAACGGCUCUCCACCUUUGGCAUGAUGUGCCACAUGGCCGAUCAGACGCUCUUCUCCAUCGUGGAGUGGGCACGUAGCUGCAUCUUCUUUAAGGAGCUCAAGGUAGGAGACCAGAUGAAGUUGCUGCACAACUGUUGGAGUGAACUCCUUGUGCUGGAUUACAUUGCCAGACAGUUACAACAUGGGAAAGGGGACAGUGUGCUUCUCAUUACUGGACAAGAGGUUGAGCUUGCUUCUUUACUGGCCCAGGCAGGGGUCACUCUGAGUGGGAUGAUACAGAGGGGUCAGGAGCUAGUGCAUCAUCUACAGGAGCUUCAGCUUGACCGCAGAGAAACCGCCUGUCUCAAAUACAUCAUCCUCUUUAAUCCUGAUGUAAAACUGUUGGAGAACCAGCCUUAUGUUGAGAGUGUGUAUGAGCAGGUAAAUGCAGCAUUGUUGGAAUACACACUGUGUGUGUAUCCGCAUUUCCCGGACAGGUUCAGCCAGGUUCUGUUGCGCCUUCCCGAGCUCAGAGCUUUGAGCGCGCAAGCCGAAGAUUACCUGUGCUACAAACACCUGAGCGGAGAGGUGCCAUGCAACAACCUGCUAAUAGAAAUGCUGCAUGCCAAGAGAACCUUCAUCUGA